CGCGAGCCGCUGGCCAACAGGCUCCUCAUUCACAUCAUGAAGCUCCUCGCGUCCGUCCUCGCUCUUCUCUCCCUUGCAGCGGCUUCACCGCUCCCCAACGCCGACGCCGACGCAGCGCCCAGCCCUCUCACAGGCAACCCCCGCCCCACGACGCCCUUUGACAGCCCGCAGCUUCCCAAGCCCACGAAGGCCUACUGUCGGCCCGUUGUCUGUGUCCGGGCGCCAUGCCUGGACAGCUGCUGCCCGUCCGGUAAGCGCUCCUGCCCAAUGGGUUGGUACUGCACCAAGUCUGGAGGCGGCAGCGAGCGCUGCUGUCCGCCCAACAUGUACUGCCCUCCUGACGGGCCGCCGCGUCCAUGCGACCGCGAGGAGUGCGGCGGCGUGUACAUGUAA